AUGGGUAAUUCGUUGAAAAAACACAUGAACAUUUCUCAAAUUGAGAGUGAAAUCAGGGAGCAUCCAGUCGUAAUCUAUACGAAGUCAAUGUGUGCUUAUUGUAAGAGGGCAAAAGAUCUUCUUACUGCUGUAAAUGUUGCGUAUGAAGAGAAAAAUUUGGAUUCUAUGCAGGCAGAUUCACCUGAUAUUUAUCAGUCAUAUGUGAAUGGAUUAGUUUAUUUAACACGUCAGACGAGUGUACCACAGAUUUUUAUUUGCGGCAAAUUCAUUGGCGGUUUUAGCGACUUGGAACAAUUGAAAAAAGCUGACAAACUUUUUGAAUUAAUCAAUGAGUGUUCCACGAUGAAACUCGAUGCUUAA